CAACACGACUUUCCACGAAAUUGCAGAGCACUGCACAGAUGGCAACCGAACGGAACAAUUAAAAAAAACCCGCUUAAAGCGCUAAAGCCACGUGGACACCUAUCUUAGGCGAUUGACGUGUAAUUUAAAAACCUCGCUAUUUUUAUAUUCUUCGUUCUCAUCCACUUCCCCUCUCUCUCUCAACACUCUCACUCUCACUGCAGUUUCUCUCUCAUCCAAAACUGACCUAUAGAUACAGACACAUAUAUAUACAUACGCGCACACAGUUCACACAGUGGUUGAACAGGAAAAAAACUGCAAACGCAAUCUAGUCAGUUUCCGCGCGUUGCAGAGAUCGGAACUCGAUCGUAUUCAACUCUCAGCCUCUCCUCUCUUGGCUCGAGAUCCGGGCCAGGAAUAGGGGGAAUUUUUCCACUCUCUAAACAGGUAUUAAAUUGGUUGAGGUUUAUCGUGGAGGAGGGGAAAAAAAAUGGCUAGCAGCGAUGGGUUUCUGACGGAGGAACAGAGGAAGAGGAUGGAAAUAGCGUCGCAGAAUGCGGAAGUGAUGUCGUCUUUGUCGUUGUCGUCGUCGCCGAAAUCUUCUUCUCUGCACCAUGGCAAGGCUCCGGGUGGCGGGCAGUCGGCUGCGGCCGGGGGCGGGGCGGCCCGGCAUGUACGCCGUACGCAUUCUGGAAAAGCUUUCAGAGUUAAGAAGGAUGGCGGUGGAGGAAAAGGCACUUGGGGAAAACUACUUGAUACUGAUGGUGAUUCUGUCAUCGAUCGGAAUGACCCCAACUAUGACAGUGGCGAGGAGCCUUACGAGCUUAUUGCGGCAGCUGUCGCUGAUCCAUUGGAUGAAUACAAGAAAGCUGUUGUAUCCAUUAUAGAGGAGUACUUUAGCACAGGUGAUGUAGAUGUGGCUGUUUCCGAUCUUAGAGAACUGGGAUCGAGUGAGUUUCAUCCCUACAUUGUUAAGCGCCUCGUUUCAAUGUCCAUGGACAGGCAUAACAAAGAGAAGGAGAUGAGUUCGGUUCUGCUCUCAGCUCUGUAUGCUGAUGUCAUUAAGGCUGCACAAAUCAGUCAGGGGUUUUUCCUGCUUCUAGAAGCAGCUGAUGACCUGGUACUGGACAUACUGGAUGCUGUUGAUGUUCUAGCUUUGUUCAUCGCUCGAGCGGUUGUUGAUGAUAUUAUACCCCCUGCUUUCAUCCCUAGGGUGAGAAAGAUGUUUCCGGAAGCUUCCAAAGGAUUCGAAGUACUGCAAACUGCCGAGAAAAGCUAUCUCUCGGCACCACACCAUGCAGAGCUCGUGGAAAGGCGUUGGGGUGGGAGCACACAUCUCACCGUUGAUGAAGUGAAGAAAACGAUCUCUGACCUACUAAGGGAAUAUAUCGAGAGUGGUGAUACUUCUGAAGCCUGCACGUGUAUUAGACAGUUGGGCUUUUCGUUUUUCCACCACGAAGUUGUGAAACGGGCCCUGGUUAUAGCAAUGGAGGCACGGACUGCAAAACCGCUUAUCCUGAAAUUGCUGAAGGAAGCAGCAGAUGAGGGUCUAAUAAGCUCAAGUCAAAUGAUUAAGGGUUUUGCUCGGUUUGCUGAUAGCCUUGACGAUCUUGCCCUCGAUAUUCCUUCGGCGAAAGAUAUAUUCCAAUCCAUUGUUCCCCAGGCAGUAUCUGAAGGAUGGCUCGAUGCAUCUUACGUAAAGUCUCCUGUCGAAAAUGGGUUGAAACCAGACAAAGGUGAUGACAAGUUAAGAAGGUACAAGGAAGAGGUUGUCACAAUUAUCCAUGAAUAUUUCCUGUCAGAUGAUAUUCCUGAACUGAUUCAGAAUCUCGAAGAUCUAGGCAUGCCUGAAUAUAACCCGAUUUUCCUCAAGAAGCUUGUCACUCUGGCAAUGGACAGGAAAAACCGAGAGAAGGAAAUGGCAUCCGUUUUACUAUCUGUGCUUCAUAUAGAGAUGUUCUCAACCGAAGACAUAGUCAAUGGUUUUAUUAUGCUGUUGGAGUCUGCAGAAGACACCGCACUCGACAUUUUAGAUGCUUCCAACGAACUCGCGUUUUUCCUGGCAAGGGCAGUCAUAGACGAUGUCCUCGCCCCUCUAAACUUGGUGGAGAUAGCCAAUAAGCUGACGCCAAAUGGCAGCGGCAGCGAGACGGUGCUCAUGGCUCGAUCUCUCGUGGCGGCACGCCACGCUGGCGAAAGGAUCCUCAGGUGCUGGGGUGGGGGCACGGGGUGGGCGGUGGAGGACGCAAAGGACAAGAUUCAGAAGCUUCUAGAAGAAUAUGAGAGCGGCGGGGUGGUGGGUGAAGCCUGCCAGUGCAUUCGAGAUUUAAGCAUGCCGUUCUUCAACCACGAGGUGGUGAAGAAAGCUCUGGUAAUGGCGAUGGAGAAGAAAAACGAUAGGAUGCUGGAUUUGCUGCAGGAGUGCUUCGGUGAAGGGCUGAUAACUACUAAUCAGAUGACUAAAGGUUUUAAUAGGAUUGAAGAUGGGCUUGAUGAUUUGGCUCUUGAUAUUCCGAAUGCAAAGGAUAAGUUCGAGUUUUACUUGGAGCAUGCAAGAAAACGAGCUUGGCUCUUGCCGCUGACUGGUUCCUUUGCACGGGUUUCUGGUGAGGAUCUAACGGUGGCCGCUUGAUCCCUUUUUGAGAGAUCCUGGAAUACAUAUAUAAGUGUCAUUUUGUGAUGGUUGUGAUGUAUACAAUUAGAGGUCUCUGGUGGUUUGAGUUUUUUAGACUUACACAUGACUUUUUUUUAGUGUUUAAAGAUUUCACUUUUCUUU